AUGGCCGAGAAGCCCGCAGUCCUCAUCAUUGGCGGUCUGGGUUACAUUGGACGGAAUCUCGCGCUGCACAUUCACAAGAACAAUUUGGCUUCUGAAGUCCGGAUCGUGGAUAAGGUAUUACCGCAACUGGCAUGGCUCGCACCAGAAUUCGAGGAGGCAUGCUCGCAGGACAAGUUCAUGCAAGCAGAUGCAAGUAAAGAGCAAUCUCUGCCCCGCAUCUUUGACCGUCCUAACGGCAAGCAAUGGGACUAUGUUUUCAACUGUGGCGGCGAGACGAGAUAUUCACAAGAAGAUGAGGUCUACAAAGUGCGCUCGCUGGCACUGAGUGUUGCUGUAGGAAAGGAGGCUGCCAAACGGGGCGUGAAGGCAUUCGUGGAGCUCAGUACUGGCAUGGUGUAUAAACCAGACUCUCAACCAAGCAAGGAAGGAGACAAGUUGAAGCCGUGGAGCAAGAUUGCCGUGUUCAAGCUGCAGGCAGAGGAGCAACUGGCCAAGAUUGAUGGGCUGAAUCUUAUAAUUGUCCGACUGGCCCAUGUCUACGGCGACUAUGCAUCUCAAUUUGUCUCUACCGCUCUUUGUCUUGCCCGGGUCUAUCAACAUUUGCACGAAGAGAUGAAGUGGCUAUGGACGAAAGACUUGAGAGUAAACACCGUCCAUAUCACCGAUGUGGCUCGAGGGCUGUGGGCUGUUGCAGACUGGUACGCGGUCCAGCAUCAACGCAACUGGGAUGCCAAAUCCAUGGGCAAGAUACCUAUUUUUAACAUGGUUGACAAAGGGCAAACGUCCCAAGGCACCAUGGCUGAGAUCAUUGGCCAAUUGUUUGGUAUUCAGACCGGCUUCCAAGGACAACUUAUCAGUACUUUCGCCAGGCUGAACAUGGACAGUGUGGUCGAUGACGUGAACGAUGAGGUUCUUGGACCAUGGGCAGAGUUACUUGAAGACGCAGGAAUUACCCGUCCUGGACCCUUGACACCGUUCAUGGAGAAAGAACUGCUAAAAGAUACUGAUUUGAGCAUGGAUGGUGCUCGACUAGAAAAGGUGGUGGGCUUCGUAUACGAGAAGCCUGCGAUAUCCAAAGAGCUUGUACAAGCCAUGAUCGACAGCUACACUAGGAUCGGAUGGUGGCCAGUGGCAAAAUGAAAUUGGACUAUAUCUACCCUCCAGAUUUUAGAGACCGAUGAUGUAUGAAAGAAAAAAAGACGAGACGACGGCCAUGCAGCAUUUGAAGGCGCAACACACAAAAGAAAACCAACCCCAUCAAGCAAUCCGCACAAGAUACGAUUAACGAUGACGAGGCUACGAAAUGAGGACAGAUUGAUACCUUUUCGAGUCGUGUUUCUAAUUUCAUGUUUUCCUCGAUUGCGGAUAUCCACGUUUACCACUUUUCUUUUCCUUUUAUUCUGCAUUGCGAGGAUGGCACGAAUUUUCUACGCUGGCUCUAGCCUGCCUUUGUAUACAUGAUAGUUUUUUCAUAUUGUAUUAAUAGGAAUAUCACGGCCGAUGUCACUCAUGUAUGUAUGACUUUCUAAUAUAGUACAGCUACUUACUAUAACC